UUUUGCUAAAAUUACCAGGCCAAGUUUUCUUCUAGUACUCUUGUGAGUUUGAUUUUCUGAUGCUUACGUCCUUUAUUCCUCUGGAGUUAAUUUUGUUGUAUGACUCAGGGUCAGAGGGAGGAGGUGAGAGGGCCUCACGGGCAGCAGUAGGGCUGUGUUUGCUCCCUGGAUAACUGUUGGGGGUGCUCCUUAGGGAGGACCUGGCCCAGCUGCCCUUCCUCACCAUGUGCAUCAAAGAGAGUCUGCGGCUGCAUCCCCCAGUCACUGCCAUCUCCCGCAGCUGUACCAAGGACGUUGUGCUCCCAGAUGGCCGGGUCAUCCCCAAAGGGAGCGGCUGUGUCAUCAGCAUCUUUGGGAUUCAUCACAACCCGUCGGUCUGGGCGGACCCUGAGGUCUAUAACCCCUUCCGCUUCGACCCAGAAAACCCCCAGAAGAGGUCACCUCUGGCGUUUAUUCCCUUCUCAGCAGGGCCCAGGAACUGCAUCGGGCAGACGUUCGCCAUGACGGAGAUGAAGGUGGUCCUGGCGCUCACGCUGCUGCGCUUCCGCGUCCUGCCCGACGACAGGGAGCCGCGCAGGAAGCCAGAAAUCGUCCUGCGAGCCGAGGGCGGCCUCUGGCUGCGGGUGGAGCCGCUGAGCGCCGGCCGCCAAUGACCCACCGCUGUAGGCUUAAGACGCACUCCGAGCCUCCCACUUGCCUUUGCAGACGCCCAGGAAUAAAACCGCUGUCACCUGUGCCUGAGCCUCACCCAGAGCCAGCAGGGGGCGCGCGGGGACCGCAGGCACCUGCAGGUGGGACUGACUGGUGGGGGCGGGGUGUCCCUGAGCCCAAGAGCCUGACUCACUCUCUGGCUGAACACAGGGCUCCCACGCUGAUGGCUGGUUCUUCCAGAGCCCAAGGAUGGACUUUUUUUCUGUGGGCGAUAGGCAGCCCUGGGAGGUAUUUGAGCAGGAGAAGGACCAGGAUUAAGGAGGGACAUAAGAAGCAAGUUUGAGGCUCUGAGUCACAGAAGCAAACCCACAGAGGCACUACACUUCCCCUACCUUGACCUCAUGUCUGAUCUGAAACACCCAGUCUUUUCUCUCCUAAGGUUUCUUCAUUGUGUUUCUAUGGUUACUAAAAUACUAUGUUUAUUAAACAUAAUAAGCCUGG